AUGUCUCGGUUCCCUCAAUUGCUCCUCCUCUGCCUGCUAGGGAUAGGGUUUGGCCUUGAUUAUGCUGAUGCCUUCAAGGUCCCCUUCCGGAUCAACGACGUGCUCCCCAUCUUAUCCCGGCAGGUCUCGUGGCCGGUGCUCAACGACUUCCACAGCGCCGUGGACUUGCUGCCGGUCUUUGUCGGUUCCGUCACCCCUGACAACGGGACGAUCGACUGGAAGGGCGCUUGCUUCGAUGGCAACGUGGCUCGGCUCGAGUUCACGGAGGGUGAUCGGGCGCAGCCGGAUUUGGGCGGCGGCAUUAUGCACCUCACGACAUCAGAACCACAUAGCUGGACCUGUAUGGAUUUGUAUGUGUUUGCAACACCAUACAGGAUAACUUGGGAUUACUACUUCUCAGCUCGAGAGCACACGUUCAAGUUUGAUUCAUGGGAAGAACCUGCAGAGUUGGAAUACGUGAAGCAGCAUGGAGUCUCUGUAUUCCUCAUGCCAUCAGGAAUGCUAGGAAGCCUGCUAUCCUUGAUCGAUGUGUUGCCCUUGUUUUCUAACACAGCCUGGGGUCAAAGUGCUAAUUUAGCAUUUCUGAAGAAACACAUGGGUGCAACAUUUGAGAAACGUCCUAAGCCCUGGCAGACAAUUAUAAAUCCAGAGGAUGUUCACACCGGUGAUUUUCUAGCUGUUUCCAAGAUUCGUGGUAGGUGGGGAGGGUUUGAGACUUUGGAAAAAUGGGUUACUGGUGCAUUCGCUGGUCAUACGGCAGUUUGCUUGAAGGAUGAAUCUGGUAAUUUGUGGGUUGGCGAAUCAGGUCACGAGAAUGAGAAGGGAGAAGAGAUUAUUGUGGUCAUUCCAUGGGAAGAAUGGUGGGAAUUGGCCCUCAAGGAUAAUUCCAAUCCCCAGAUAGCUUUGCUUCCUUUACAUCCCGAUUUGAGAGCGAAGUUCAAUUCUACGGCAGCAUGGGAAUAUGCUCGAAGCAUGUCGGGGAAACCAUACGGUUAUCAUAACAUGAUAUUCAGUUGGAUUGACACCAUAUCGGACAACUACCCUCCCCCUCUUGAUGCUCACUUGGUCAUCUCUGUCAUGUCAAUGUGGACGAGGUUGCAGCCCUCUUAUGCUGCUAACAUGUGGAAUGAAGCCUUAAAUAAGCGGCUAGGAACUGAGGAUUUGGACUUGUAUGGGAUAUUAGAUGAGACAGAGAAGCGUGGUCUAUCUUUUGAUCAAUUACUUACGAUCCCGGAACAAGAUGAUUGGGUCUAUAGUGAUGGAAAAUCUACCACAUGUGUCUCUUUCAUACUCUCAAUGUACAAAGCCGCAGGAGUGUUUGGUCCCAUUGCUGAUUCUAUUCAAGUAACAGAGUUCACUAUUCGGGACGCAUACAUGUUGAAGAUUUACGAGAGCAACAAGACCCGGCUCCCGAGCUGGUGCAGCAACAAAGAUGGUGAGCUCCCGUUCUGUCAAAUUCUCGGGGAGUAUUGGAUGGAACUUCCUGGGUAUAAUACCCUGGAACCAUAUGCCAACAUGAAUGAGUACUGCCCCUCGCUGCCUCCUAGCUACGAGAGGCACGUGAAAUGCUAAAAUGUUCAGUGAUUUCAACGGGAAUGCUUUCAGUUUGAACAGCUUUUCUCCAUGCUCCUCUUUAUCUUCUUUCGAAUCAGUGAUCCCGUCAAGGGCAAUUUUACAUUAUUUACAAUAGUAGAAGGGUCAAAUGUGGGAGGAAAAUCGGUACGCGUUAAGAAGACAUUAGGUGGAUCUGUACAUAUUCGCUGAUGAAAUUUAGUGAAGGCAAUCUUUAUUUAUCUUGGUGUAA